CCAGCGUGUAUAUUUGAUAUUUGUACACGUACUGCUCGCGCAUAAAUCACUUGCAAUAGCGUUGCUUGCUCAUUGCGAGUUCUCUGGCCACGCAACGCGACGCUGCAACCGAUCGCUCACGCAACGCGGCUAGCUGCAUCGCAUUGGCUGCGUGACAAGGCCAUGCGCGUCACGUGCAUAGCAGCCAUCGUCGCGACGAGCUACGCCUUCACGCCAACGCCGCGAGUAACCGCGCCGAAGAUGCGCACCAAGCUGCGAGCCGGCGCGACGGACCUCACGCCGACGCAGCGGACCGCUCUGCUCGGCUCGUUGAUAGGCGUCUACACGAGCAACCAGUGGUGCCGCCAGCUGUUGUUUAGCACGGUGGACUUCACGAGCGACGACGCCUUUCGGUUUUUGAAUGUUGGAUUAGAGUUGUCGCGCGCCGACUACGCGCUCCUUUCCACGUUGACGUUCAACGCGUUAUUUGCCGCGUGCUCUUUAGCCGCGGGAGCACUCGUGGACCGCGCCGACGCCGUGAAGCUGACCUACGCCAGCUGCGGCCUCUGGGCCCUCGCGACCGUCGCGACGGCCUACACAUCUUCAUUCGCGGGCGUCGCCGCUUGUAGGGCCUUGCAGGGCGUGGCCAUGGCCGCGACGGCGCCGGCGGGCUACGCGCUCUUAGGAAGGGCCUUCCCUCCCGAUAAAUUGGCGACGGCGUCGUCGCGCUACGCGGCGGCCGUGAGCGCCGGCGGGGCUUUAGCGGCGGUCUCGACGCGUUUGGAUGAUGCCAUCGGCUGGCGCGGCGCCUUUGCCGUGGCCGGGGCCAGUUCCCUGGUCGUGGCGUUGAUAGCCUUCCUCCUGCUACCUUCCGAGCUCGGGCCGGCACUGAACCCAGAGACCAAAGAACUGGAGGAGGGCGGCUUCGGCGGCGUCUUCGCCUCGAAGGCGGCCGUCGCUUUACUCGCGGCGACGGCCGUGCGCUUCGCGGCGGGUUUUACCAUUGGCGUCUGGGCUAUUCCUUGUCUGCGCGCAAACUUCGCGGGAAAUGACGUCGGGAGCGGCUACGCGCUCGUCGUGGGCGUUUUUGGGUUUGUGUCGGCGUUGUUGGGCGGCGCCGCGGCCGACGGCCUCGCCGUGCGCGCGCCGCCGGAACGAAGGGACGCGGCGCGGGCCCUCGUGCCGGCGGCCGGUUCAUUGGUAGCGGCGCCGCUCUGGGUCCUCGCGCUGCAGGCGCCGUCCUAUGGCGUUGCGAUCGCGCUGCUCGCGGCCGAGUUUCUGGUCGCGGAGUGCUGGAUCGGCCCCACCACCGCGCUCCUGCAGCAGGCCGUGCCGGCGGCGAGCCGCGGCGCGGCGCAGGGCUGCUUCACGGCCCUGACCUUGGUUGGGGGCCUCGCGCCGCUCGCCGUCGGCGCGGCCGUCGACCGCUCGGACGGGGGCCUCGAGCUCGUGCCGGCCGUGGCUUUUGCUGUUGCGGCGGCCUACGUCGUGUCGUCCUUGCUAUUUUUGGUGGCGGCGGGGCUGUUGGAUGAUGGGGCGGCGGCGGGUAAGGAAUCUUAG